UCGUUAAGUCAGUGUAGCAUCAAAAUGACUUUAAAUGUGUUCAUUUAUUUAAUGUUGCUUUAACCUAAUGACGAAGUGAAGUCAAAUACGUCGGUACAGUAACGUUAGGUGGCAGCAUGUGUCUUACAAGUAAUUGCAACCCGCCAUAAAACUAAAAGAAGAGCAGGAAGGAGGCGUCACUAGUUUUACCGGGCUGUACCGGGCUGACGUUCAUUCAUUAGGACACAGAGUCCAAUCCCAGUGACUGUGUACGUGAACGUAAUCACUUCCAGCAAACAUGGCGGGUUACCUCAAAGCUCUGACUGCCGUGUCGAGAAGCGCCGCUGCCGCACUGUCCCAAAACCCCGCCGUGCUCUCACCGGCCGCCGUCUGCCACCACAGACUCCAGCAGAGGAAAUAUGCCACGCAGCGCAUCAAGGUGGACCAGCCGGUGGUGGAGAUGGACGGAGAUGAGAUGACUCGCAUCAUAUGGGAGUUCAUUAAGGAGAAGCUCAUCCUAUCCAAUGUCGAUGUGGAGCUGAAGUACUUUGACCUGGGUCUGCCCUACCGUGACCAGACAGAUGACCAGGUCACCAUCGACUCUGCUCUGGCAACUAAGAAAUAUAACGUGGCUGUCAAGUGUGCCACAAUCACCCCAGAUGAGGCCAGAGUUGAGGAGUUUAAGCUAAAGAAGAUGUGGAAGAGUCCUAAUGGGACUAUCAGGAACAUCUUGGGUGGUACAGUCUUCCGUGAGCCAAUCCUUUGUAAAAACAUCCCUCGUCUUGUUCCUGGUUGGACACAGGCCAUAACAAUUGGCAGACAUGCUUUUGCCGAUCAGUACAGGGCUACUGACUUUGUUGUUGACCAGCCUGGCAAGUUCAAGAUUGUGUUUUCCCCAACUGAUGGAAGCAAGCAGAAGGAGUGGGAGGUGUAUGACUUUACCGCAGGGGGCUGUGGGAUGGGAAUGUACAACACAGAUGAGUCAAUCAGUGGAUUUGCUCACAGCUGCUUCCAGUAUGCCAUCCAGAAGAAGUGGCCUCUGUACAUGAGCACCAAGAACACCAUCCUGAAGGCCUACGACGGGCGCUUCAAAGACAUCUUCGAAGACAUCUUUGAGAAGGAGUACAAGCCACAGUUUGACAAGCUGAAGAUCUGGUAUGAGCACCGUCUCAUUGACGACAUGGUGGCCCAGGUCUUAAAGUCUUCAGGAGGAUUUGUUUGGGCCUGCAAGAAUUAUGAUGGAGAUGUGCAGUCAGACAUUCUGGCUCAGGGUUUUGGCUCUCUCGGUCUCAUGACAUCAGUACUAGUGUGCCCUGAUGGCAAAACUAUUGAGGCCGAGGCUGCCCAUGGUACCGUCACCAGACACUACCGUGAACAUCAGAGGGGAAGACCAACCAGUACCAACCCCAUCGCUAGCAUCUUUGCUUGGACCAGAGGACUCGAGCACAGAGGCAAACUGGAUGGAAAUCCUGACUUGAUAAGGUUUUCCCAGAUGUUAGAAGGAGUCUGUGUGGAAACAGUGGAAAACGGUGUGAUGACUAAGGACCUUGCAGGCUGCAUCCAUGGCUUGUCCAACUGUAAGCUGAAUGAACAUUAUGUCAACACACUGGACUUCCUGGACGCUAUCAAGACCAACCUGGACAAAGCUCUGGGCAAAUGAAGAACAGUCGGAAGACACACUUGCCAAUGAAGAGAGACGAACCAUGUCUGUAGAUUUUAGCUUGUUUUCAACAUUUCUUUGUAUGAACCUUUAUAUAAACUUUUUGUAUUUACACAUAA